AUGACUUCUGCUGCUGCCAUCACCGUGUUUCUGCUCUGCUGCUUCUUCAUUGGCUCCACAGACUCUCAGGGUGGUUGUGACCAGUAUGCUGCAACAGGCACAAGCGUUACUGUGCCCCUUAACUACACUUUGAAGGAAUCAGAUACCCUGAAAUGGCGGCACAAUACAACAUUCAUCUUUAAACGCAGAAAUAAAAAUAUGACCCGAGGGAAAAUUGAUGAUGUUGAUGCAACUGGGUCAUUAAAAUUGACAAAACUGACAAGAGACAAGUCAGGUCGAUACACCCCCGUGGUUUAUAAUGAAGGUGGAGAAAGUGUAGGGGACUUGCACAGUUUGCGUUUGUGUGUAUUAGACCGAGUGCAGAAGCCCACAGUGACGAUGAAGUGUACAGACUCUAACACAAGCGUCAGUUUUAUUUGUAAUGUUGGUCAGAAUGAGAACAAUUUUAAAAUUGAGUGGCUGAUGGAUAAUAAAAAGCUGGAAGAAAAAGGGAAGAUGCUGACGAGAGCAGCCAAAGACGUUUUAAACGCCAGUUUCUCUUGUAAUGUUUCUAACCCCAUCAGCUCUGAGAUCAGUCUGCCCAUUCAACAAAACUGCUAUGACCCGGACUGUGGUUUAAAGCUAGACAUCGACAUGCAAUCAUCACCCAGCCUCAGUGACGUGGUGAAGGGAGCUGUGCAGAAUGCCCACAAAUUUCAUUUAGACUGA